UAAAGCAAAAGUAAUCAAAUAUAAACAUUAAGAAUGAGCACGCAAUUAGCAUUGGCCGACGAUACAGCCACGAAGUCGGCCAAUUUCUUUGCGCUACAGGCGGCAUUCGAGACUGCCCUGGAGCAGGCGAUUGCCGAGAAUAAUGUGGAACAAUUGAUCAAAGAGUAUCACAGCUUUCGUGCUAAUUCCGAGCACGACAAACGCUCGCCCAUGGACCAGGCGUUUCGGGAAGUGCUUAUGAAGCGGCUGAGCGACGAUGUCGAACGGAUUGGAGCGCUCGUGCGCCUCUCUGUGGACGCAGCUCGAGCAGAGAUUGUAUCGAACACAAUUCCAGUUGUAUUACUCGGGGAUACCUUCGAUGUGGUUACGCUGAAUAAGUGUGAGCUGAUUUUCAAGUUUGUAGAAGAUCUCGUCGAGGUCUGGAAGGAGGAGAUCUUCUUUGCGUCGUGCAAGAACAAUUUGCUUCGCAUGUGCAACGAUCUACUGAGACGUUUGUCUCGCACACAGAAUACCGUUUUCUGUGGUCGCAUUUUACUCUUUCUCUCCAAGUUCUUUCCCUUCUCGGAGCGCUCUGGUUUGAACAUUGUGUCCGAGUUCAAUCUGGAUAACUUUACCGAGUACGGUCUGGAUAGCAAGGACCACGACGACCUUGAUAAUAAGGAACUGGAAGAUACGGCUGAGGAUAUACCGCUAAAGAUUGACUACGAUUUGUAUUGUAAGUUCUGGUCGCUACAGGACUUUUUCCGCAAUCCCAAUCAAUGCUACAGCAAAGCGCAAUGGAAGAUGUUUCAAAUGCACGCCGAGACCAUACUGCAGUCAUUUUUGAGCUUUAAACUGGAAGAUAUACGCCAGAACAACGAUUCCAAUGGCGCCAACAGUGCCAAUGGCUCCAACGGCGACUCGAGCGCACUGAUGAUGGAUGUAGAUGUGGACGAUGCUGCAGUGGAUGCAGCGGCUUCGAUGGCUGUGCGCAAGGAAACGAAUUUCUUUGCCAAGUUCUUGACCAACCCCAAACUGCUCGCACUCCAGCUGUCCGACUCGAAUUUCCGGCGUGCCGUAUUGGUGCAAUUUCUCAUAUUGUUCCAGUACUUGCAGGUCAGCGUCAAGUUCAAAAUUGACACCUACACCCUGACGAGUGCUCAGUCCGACUUCAUCAAGGAGACGGAGCAGCGCGUGUACAAACUGCUGGAGGAAACGCCUCCGAAUGGCAGGCGUUUUGCGCGCACUGUGCAGCAUAUGCUGCAACGCGAGGAGAUGUGGAACAAUUGGAAAAACGACGGCUGCAAGGAGUUCAAGAAACCCGAGGACCCAGAGCCCACCGAUGAGGAGUCGAAGCCUUCACCUCCAAAGCGUGCCAAGCGGCCAUUGGGCGAUUGCUUGCGCGAAGCGGCACGCAAUGGCAAAUUCUAUUUGGGAAAUGACCAUCUGACUCGGCUGUGGAACUACUCGCCCGACAAUUUGCAGGCCUGCAAGAGUGAGCAGCGCAACUUUUUGCCUCAGUUGGAGACGUACUUGGAGACGCCGCAUGACAAGAUAGAUCCUGCUUUCGAGUGGCGUGCCUUGCGUCUGCUAGCCCGCCAGACACCACAUUUUUUCACGUUCGUGACGCAACCGUCGUGCAAGAUAACCGACUAUCUGGAUGUGGUGCGUAAACGUUUGAUGCGCGAAAAGGAGCUGGCUAAGCAGAUAAACACCGCAGCAGCAAAUGCGUCGGAGCACGACAAUGGUUUGGCUGCCAGCAGUGCACCAGCUGAACAGGAGCAUGACGCAUCGGUAGCAUUGCAGGAAACGGAGCCAGAGCCCGACCUGGAGGUUGAGGACCCCGAGCCUGUGGUCGAGGAAGCGGACGAGACACCGGCACAUGAGAAGCCGCUGAUGGUGACAGCCGCCCACAUCGAGGAGAUAACACCGUUGAUAGGCGAGCCCUGGAUGAAGGUGGGCAAGAAGAUCGGCUUCAGCAAUGACGAGCUGCUCUUCUUCCAAAUGGAAAAUCCUACGCCGGGCGUGGCAUGCAUGAAGAUGUUGACCAAUUGGAUCUCAGACGACGACGAUGCCACGCUAGAGAACUGGGCCUACAUGCUGGAAGGCCUGGAAAUGCACAAGGCAGCGGAUGCCGUAAAGGCGAUCAUCGAGCGCGAAAAGGCGGGCAGCGCACAGCCACAGCCCCAAGCCGAAGUACAGCCGGAUGCGAACAGCAAUGAUGUGGAAAUACUGUCGGACUAGCAGAGGGAAACAACACGAUCAAUAAUUAAUUUUAUGCUGUUAUAUAUUCAUCGAAUCCUUUAUCACAUGUAAUAAACGGGCAAAAGUCAAUGUCCCAAAUCUA